UCUAGCGACUGCUGCCAAGGGUGGUUGUUGUUAUAGUGAAUUAAAGCUUCAUGUGUCCAACUGAUGUUUGUGAUCAUGCUGUGGUGAGGUUUGUCAGCGUGUGAGCAGGGCUAAGCGUGUAGCGGGACGGAGGGAGGCGGUGAUCCCUUUGUGUCGGGCCUCCUGUAGUCUCCUCCACUGGAAUUAAUUAGGCUCUUUCUAACAGAAGACACCCUUCAGUCCAGCCCAUGUCCUCAAACACACAGCAACAUCAGCACUGACAGACGGACUAUAAAACAUCACACCUGGAAUGGCAAUAAAAGAGGAGCUGAGGAGCCGUCAGUUUUGGCAGGGGAUUCUGGCAGAGACUCUUGGUUCUCUGGUCUUUGUAUCUGCUGUGUUGGGCUCUUUAGUGCCGGGGCCAGACGGGGCCUCCCCCGGGCCCAUUUACCCCGCACUGGCUGCUGGUAUGGCAACUGUGGUUCUGGGAUAUUGCUUUGGUGAAAUCAGUGGCGCUCAGGUGAAUCCUGCGGUGACUGUGGCUCUCUUGGCCACACGUAAGGUGGAUGUGUUGAGGGCCGUGGUGUAUCUGGUUGCUCAGUGUUUGGGUGGGAUCCUCGCAGCUGGCCUCAUGUACCUCUCACUGCCCCUGAAGUCCACAGCACAAAACUACAUCAACAAGGUCCCAGUGGAAAUGAAUGCAGGUCAAGCUCUGGGGAUGGAGAUGCUUGCCACAUUUCUCCUGGGUUUCACUGUAUUUUCUGUGGAAGAUCAACGCAGGAGAGAAAUAAAUGAACCAGGGAAUUUAGCCAUUGGGUUUGCUGUGACCACUGCCAUCUUUAUUGCUGGGAGAUUUUCUGGUGCCAGUCUGAACCCGGCUCGCUCCCUUGGUCCUGCUAUAAUACUUGGAUAUUGGGAACAUCACUGGGUCUACUGGAUUGGUCCAAUAUUAGGUGCAGUUCUGGCUGGAGUGUCUCAUGAGUUCAUUUUUGCCCCCAGUGCAUCCAGACAGAAGCUGGUGGCUUGUUUGACCUGUAAGGACAUUGAGAUUGUGGAGACGGCCAGCGUGUCUCGAUCAUCCCUGUCCACAGUCACACAGAGCGCCAUGAGAAACAAACAAAACAACAAACUGGAGCACAGCUAAGCUUAUGUUUAAGUUCAUUAAGAAUGCAGGCUUUUACAUUUCGUCACAAAAACACAAUCAAACAUGAACAGAACAAAUCUUGUGUAGCUUCUUCAUAAGCAUGCUUAGAUGAAUUGCAAAAAAUAAUUAAAAUUAAGAAUUAUUUUUUUAUUUUGAAGAUAAACAAAUUGUUGAAUCUUUAGAGCAGGGGCUCUCAAAUCUGGCCCAUGAGAUCCACUUUCCUGCAGACUCUAAUCAAACACAUCUGAGCGUGCUAAUCAGUGUCUUUAGGAUCAUUAGAAAAUCACAGGUAGAUGAGUUUGAUCAGGGUUGGAGCUAAACUCUGCAGCACAUUGGCCCUCCAGAGCAAGAUUUGAGAAACCCUGCUUUAGAGCGAAUGUUAAAAAAAAAGUUGUGUACAACAGGUUUUUCAACAAGUUUUAAUCAUGUUGAUAAUUCAGAAACCUUGGAAAUUUGCAUAUCAAAUAUAAUACAGUAGGCUUCAGAUGGUUAACUAGAACAUUAACAUUUAUAAUUUCCAUUAAAGUCUGUAAAUAGAAAUGUUUUAAUACUAAAAUGUUCUGUUGUGGAUCAGAAGCAGUACUAGGUAGUACUGUCUUAAGCUGUCUGUGAAAUGAAUCCCAUUCAUUUCUUACAAAACUCUCAGCUCGCACAUGGGUAGUUAUAAAAGUGCCAAACAUACGCCUGUGUGGCUUGAGCUUGCUAUUAUGGUUCAAUAAUAUUACAUACUUUUUCCUAAAUCUACUGUUAACCUCCAGAAUUUCAGUCUGAGUUUCAUUUUAUGUCUAUAGUUGAAAGUGUUUAACAGCUUUUGAAGUGUUAUAUAUGUCUGUGUUUGUUGAUGUCAUUUUUGUUUAAUUAUUUAUUAUGUAGCAAGAAAUAUAAUUGCAUUCUUUUUGUCUGAUGUACAAGAUUUACUUUGUUUAUAAUUUGGAGCAAAAGUUUGACUUUUCAUUUUUAUGAAUAUUUUUUUUUAAACUCAUCCUGUACUUAAAUUAUAAUCUUGUGUAAAUGAUAUGAAAUAGGAGUACAAGCAUAGCCGCCACAUAUACAAUAACCUCUGCCUUUUUAAUUUUCUUGCAUGACACAAAAAUGUUUUCUUAUGUUUAGAAUUGCUAUGCUACAAAUUAUGCUGAU